AUGAGCAACAUGAGCGACGUUGAAAAGCGUUCCGUCUCGCGGGAUUCUCAAGAUGAGAAUCGUGUUGGUAGUAUUUAUGGACUACCACCUGAUCCCGAUGCCCAUCUCAGCGAGGAAGAGAGAGAAGAAAUUGAUCGCAAGCUGGUUUGGAAGCUCGAUUGGAUACUAAUCCCUUGGCUCUGUAUCCUUUACCUGCUAGCCUUCUUGGAUCGGACCAACAUUGGCAAUGCAAAGGUUGCACAUCUCACUGAUGAUCUGCAACUGCGGUUGCCGGACCAAUACAACGAGACCCUGACGAUCUUUUUCAUCUCCUACUCGCUCUUCGAACCCCUAACCAAUGUCCUACUUAAGAAGAUGCGACCAUCCGUGUUCAUCCCAGUCAUAAUGGUACUGUGGGGCGCUUCUAUGACCGGCAUGGGAUUCGUCUAUAAUUACUCCGGCCUUAUGGCUGCUCGUUGGUUUCUUGGACUUGCAGAAGCGGGUCUCUUCCCAGGUAUCAACUAUUACCUAUCAUGCUGGUAUAAGCGUUCUGAGCUGGGUAUUCGUGCCGCCAUCUUCUUUUCAGCAGCCGCUCUCUCGGGUUCAUUUGGCGGUCUCCUCGCCGCGGCGAUAGAGUUGAUGGACGGUAUCGGCGGUCGACCCGGAUGGGCAUGGAUCUUCAUCCUAGAGGGCCUUGUUACCGUAAUAUUUGGCUUCGCAUCCUUCUGGAUGGUACAUGACUUCCCCGACCAAGCUCGAUUCCUCUCGGAGGAAGACCGUGCUCGCGUAGUCCGCCGACUCAAGUCGGACCAGCAGUCUUCGGCUGAGCACGAAGAAUGGAAAAUGAGCUACCUCUAUGCUGGUCUCAAGGAUUGGAAGAUGUGGUUGGGCAUGGUCAUUUACAUGGGUUGCGAUAUGCCUCUUUACGCGUUUUCAUUGUUCUUGCCCAGCAUUAUCCAGGAGCUAGGCUGGAGCACCACCGUUGUUCGGUCCCAGCUGCUGACCGUGCCCCCAUACGCCGCCGCCGCCCUACUUACCGUGGUUAUUGGCUUUGUCGCUGAUCGAACCCGCCAACGAGGCCUGUGCAAUAUCCUCGUUAGUAUUAUCGGUAUCGUCGGGUUCUUGAUGCUGAUCGCAUCCACGGAUCCGAGAGUCAAGUACGCUGGUACGUUCCUUGGCGCGCUCGGUAUUUACCCUUGCAUAUCCAAUACUAUCAGUUGGGUGGCCAACAAUACUGAAGGAGUCUAUAAGAGGGGUGUGGUGCUCGGUUUCGUCAUUGGCUGGGGUAACUUAAACGGCAUCGUCAGCUCUAACAUAUAUUACAACGCACCGAGAUACCUCGAAGGCCAUGGCAUAAUAGUGGCAUACAUGACAUUGUUCUUGCUUGGCGGUAGCACAUUGAUGACGAUUCUGCUCCGUAUCGAGAAUAAGAAGAGGGUCAGCGGAAAGCGCGACUACCUCAUUGAGGGCAAGGACGCAAACGAGAUUGAGGCGCUCGGCGAUAAGAGACCCGACUUCCUAUACACGGUCUAA